AGAGAUGAUGCUUCCAGCAGGAUGCUUGAAAAACGAGGAUAAUGACGAGGACGAGAACAAGGAUGGAUGCUCCAGACCAUUAAGACAAGUUGUCACCUUUUCUCCAGACACCUUGAACAUCGAGAGGGAAAAUAAGCCAAAGAAGACGCGGAUGAAGAAUAACAGGAAGCCGAAAUUCGCUCAUCCAUGUUGUGGCCACUUUCUCCCACCAGCCGCAGAGACCAUCCAGUUCUCGGGACCAGACAUAUUUUCAAACAACCCGUACAUUCGAUAUCACACGAUUUGGUGUGGGCCGAUGGGAAGAGUUUCCGACGAGUCUGUGUCAAAGAAAAACGUGAGGAUGAAACGGUUUCGAAAGCUUCUUUCCUCUUUGUCAAUCUCACACGAAGCGUUCAACGGCGUCCCCGAAGAACAAAAAGCUACAUUUAUGAAACAAGACAUUAUUCCACUUUACAUUUCAGCCUUGGACAUUGCCCUGAUGGAUGGAGACAUGGCUCAUGCUCAACAACUGCUCACCACGAUAAUUUCUUCUCUGAAAGUACUAGACAUCAAUCUCAAGAGUGCGUCGUUGGAGAGCAAGGGAAGUCCAAAACAAAUCCGCCAGCUUCCUCUCGACCAUGACGACUUUUAUAUAAACCUGGGUCCAGUAAUUUUUGCCAUGAAUCGCAUUUGCAAUGACCAAUAUCGAUUCAAUCCACGAGAUCUGCCGAUAGAAUGCCAACUGGUGAAGUUACAGUUGGAACUGGUCGUAUUGACGAUUUGUCCCUCUGAUUGUCUCAUUUUUCAAAGUCAGCUAACUGUGGCAGCAACCACGGCGGACAGGGCCAUGCAACUUUUGCAACAGUUAAAAGAGAGGCGAGCUUACUACUGUGUCCGCUGGGUGACUGAUUCCGUCAUGCAUCGCGAUUACAUGAGCCUUCUGAAGUUUUUCGGAUUCUGCGAUGAUGUCGGUGCUAAAAAUCCUGUUCCUCUAUCCGUUCAUCGAGUACAAGGAACGAUGUUAUUUGCUGCGACCAGUGACCAAAAGCCUGUAAUUGUGAAUUCUCCGAUGAUUUCCGACCCUUCAGUUCUCAAUUAGCGUUUUUCAUCCUAUCCGUUCUACAUAUGUAUAUUUAUUGGCUAUUACUGACAAAUGGAAAAUAAAUUCCAGUGAACUCUGCCCACAACGA